AUGCUGCAAACCAGAUCGCGGCAGACUGCAGACGUUCUUCAACUCAGCGAUGGAACGCUUCCUGAAAGAGCAACGCACCGCGCAGGGGACGCCAACAGUGCCCCUGAUGAGAAGAACGAAGCCGCAGUACGUCGAUAUGGAGUCUGUGGGAUCUGA